AUGUGUGUGUUGGUGUGGGUGUCUGUCAGAUCUCGGCUGGCUGAUUUCCAGCACAACUGCCAGCCCUCGUCCCACUCUCCCUCUGGCUGCAUGAGAGAGAGUGGAGCCGUCUGCCUUAAGGCCUACGCCGGACUCAUAGGUGAGCUGGAGAGAGAACAGGAUCGAGGGGGUGGAAGAAAUGAGAUGGAGGGAAGGGAUGGAACAGUGAUUAACAACACAAGGAAGAAACAAUGGUAGAGAAGGAGUGCUGAGUUGUCUCCAAGGGCCUUUUAAUCAGAUCAUUGUUGUUAGCUCUUGCUAACCCCAAGGUAUAGGCAGGCACUCAUUUCAAUGCCAAAUGCCUUGUUUGGCUUUGGAUCAAACGUUCCAAGUUCGUAUUGAAGUCAGGCCUGCUGACACAUCUCUAUGAAACAACCUCCUCCAGGCACCAUCAUGACCCCCAACUACGUGAACAAUAUCAGUAUGGACGUGUUCCAGUGGUGCAGCUGUGAGGGCAGUGGGAACCAGUGGCAGGACUGUCUGCGCAUCCUACACAUGUUUGACAGCAACGUCUGUCUGCGUGAGUAAUACUCCCUCAACUGCCCACAAUGACACCCCCUACAGCAAUAGCCCUGGUCCUGUGAGCCCACUUGAAAUCAACAGAUCACACAAAUAGAGUAGCGGGCACUCUCUAGCCCAGUAGCCCUAGAGAGCUGCCUACUUGUUCUGUAUGGUAUACUCUAGCACUUAAUUACAAUAUUGAUUUACAGCAGUGUUAAUUGAAACAGUUUCAUUCACAUCUGAUUCCCAUAUUGCAACUGAGGUGAAUAACUGAAUGAUUGCCAUGCCUUGAGGGUGCAAUGCCCAGUUGAUUAACGAAUUCAUGGCUACUAUGAAUAAUUCAAUGUUCUGAGGACAUUUGCAUCAUCAGCAGUGGGUAUAAUGGUGAUGAUGUGGAUGAUGAUAAUGCUGAUGAUAAUGUGGAUGGUGGUGAUAAUGAUGAUGUCUGUUGUUGUGUCUCAGGUAAUGCUAUCAGUUAUUUGGGUGGCUCAUCCCCUCGCCCUGUGGAGAGCACUACUCUGCCACCUCGUCGCCAUGCAUCUGCCACUCCCUCCCCUCGCAUCUUUCAGGACAAGGUCAAUGUCAACGUCAAGAUUUUAUCAGAACGCAACAGCGUGAGUUUAAGUACUCUUCAUUGCCUCACCAAACCCAGACUACCUAAAUACUGUACAGUAACUUAAAAACAAUGGUGGACAAAAAGCUUGUUCCUUGGGUUUUUCUAAAGUAGGUUCUCACUGGGAUGCUCUGUGAAUUGCAUGAUGACCCACGGUGUGACAUGAGCGCCAACAGAGCUGCCUGAGUGUCAAAGCUCAUGCACAGAACUGACCUGAGAUAUACUCCCAACACAUGUGACUCAACACAAGGCUCACUGUCACAGUCAACACAUUACUGUGGCAUUGAACUAGACCCAGCACCUCCCUUUUUACCGUUACUUCCCUUUAUUUCUCCCUAUCUCUCUGUCCCUCUCCCUAUCUCUCUGUCCCUCUCCCUAUCUCUCUGUCCCUCUCCCUAUCUCUCUGUCCCUCUCCCUAUCUCUCUGUCCCUCUCCCUAUCUCUCUGUCCCUUUCCUUAUCUCUCUGGCCCUCUCCCUAUCUCUCUGUCCCUCUCCCUGUCUCUCUGUCCCUUUCCUUAUCUCUCUGGCCCUCUCCCUAUCUCUCUGUCCCUUUCCUUAUCUCUCUGGCCCUCUCCCUAUCUCUCUGGCCCUUUCCCUAUCUCUAUCUCUCUGGCCCUUUCCCUAUCUCUCUGGCCCUCUCCCUAUCCCUCUGGCCCUUUCCUUAUCUCUCUGGCCCUCUCCCUAUCUCUCUGUCCCUCUCUCUAUCCCUCUGGCCCUCUCCCUAUCUAUCUGGCCCUUUCCCUAUCUCUAUCUCUCUGGCCCUUUCCCUAUCUCUCUGGCCCUCUCCCUAUCCCUCUGGCCCUUUCCUUAUCUCUCUGGCCCUCUCCCUGUCCCUCUGGCCCUUUCCCUAUAUCUCUGGCCCUCUCCCUAUCCCUCUGUCACUCUCCCUAUCUCUCUCUCUCACUCACUGUGUGUGACGAUUAGCCGGAGGUGUUUGCAGUAGGGAGCAUCAAUCCUUUUGUGUUGAUAUUCAUUUAUUCACACCCAUCUGUCUUCUCUCCCCCUUUCUCUUGUCAUCCUAAUCCUCUCACUCCCUUUCUCCUCUCCUCUGCUACAAUCCUUUACACCGUUCCAAUCCUUCCCUCUCUUCUGUCCCCCUAACCUCUAAGCCUCCCUCCCUCUGAGUGCAGGUUCUAGAUGUUUCUCUGUAAUACACUUAUUUUCUUCCACUUUUUUCUUCUCACUUUGUUGAUCCUAUUCUGUGACCAAUACUCUCACCUUUCUUCCUAAUAAUAAAGAUGCUGACACCUUUGGAUUCGGAAUUCAACACCUACGUUGAAAAGCAACUUUUAACGCUGAGUUGCUUUUUUGUCUGUCAGGAGGCUCAUAACAGUCCACCUAUUACACGUAAAUAAUGGAUCGUUUUAACAAGCCUAUUUAUUGCCAAGAUGUUUCAUAUUUACACCAAGCAGAUACACUAUGGACUAUAUGUGAUAGUUCAUUACCUGCAAAUUCCAUUCGCUCUAUUCAGGGGCGCAACUUUCACUGAAAUUGCAUUUUUGUCCCCCCCAGUUUUAUCAUUGGAAUGUGAUACAAAACGAGGCAACGGUGUGCUUUAGGACCAUGCGGACGCCUACCAAGCGGUCGGGCAGGUUGUUUGGAGUGUUCGUCCGACUGGAUAAAAUAAAAAUAAUAAUAAUUAUGCCCCCCCCCCCCACUUCUAAAACCAAAGUUGCGCCCCUGGCUCUGUUUGAAUUCUGAAUGAUCACAUUCCCUCUCUCUCUCAGGUGGAAGACACUGAAGAGGAAGAAGAGGAGGAAAGUCAGGAAUUCAACGUUAUCCCUCAAUAUUCGGAGAAGGGGAAGUCUAGUGUGGGCUCCGGGGCCCGAGGGGGCCAUAGAGGAGCGGCAGGCCAAACAGCACCCAUGCUGCCCCUGCUGCUGCUGCUGCCCACUGCCAUGCUGGGCUGGGGGUGUCAGGGUUAA